CAUGGUUGGUUAAGUUUAACAUGGAAUCAAAAUCAUAACAAAUAAUGACUAAAUACGAUAAUCAAUUACUGUCGGUACUAUUAACCUGCUUUGCAUUAAGUGCUCCGACUAAUAAAAAUUUUAAAAUACUCAGUGCGUUUUAUGGUUUUAUUAUAAUAAUAUUCCUGAUGACAUGUCAAAUCGGCAUAUUAAUUCUAAAGUUUAACAAUACUUAUUUUAAAUAUACACCUACUAUGACCGUUUUGGAUGUUUUACAAAGCUCUAUUUUGGUGUUGCAUAACUGCGCAGCCAUUUUGAAAGCUAACUAUCAUUGUGAUGAUGAUGUGCAGUUAACUUUAAAUCGAAUCAAAGUUAUUUUGAAAGCGGAUACAGUGCAUUCGUAUAAAUAUCUGGAAAUUGUUGCAGCGCAAUUUGUUGUUGUGGUGUUACUUUUAUUCUUGUUGCUAACGCCAAUGCAUCGAGAACUUGGAGUUUACAAAUAUUUGAGUGGAGUCUUUUUUGGGUUUAAUAUAUGGUUGGAGAUGUUGGUUGUAAUGCAGAUAUUUUAUACGAAUCGAUUGAUUAUGGAUAAUUUCCGACAAUUAAAUAUUUGUAUUGUUAAAUUUGUAUAUAAAGACUCUAUAUUGACAGCUAGCAAGGAUAAAGUGGACAAAGCAAAACACCAGCAGAUUUGUACAUAUAUAAAGUUGCAUAGCACGUUGACAGACACAAUGUCAAUUACAAGUGGAAAUUUUGGUGUUCAACUUAGUUUACUUUGUGUUUUGUUGAUCAUAGUCACCAUUCAAGGGAUAAAUGUUGCUUUGAAAACUGCUACAAAUUUAUGCAAUUAUUAUGAUGAACAUUUACAUUUAAUAUCAGUUAUUUUAGGGAUAAUUGUAAUUAUUCACAUUUUGGGUAUCUGUGUUAUUGUAUUCUCUUGUUCGCAUGUCAACGAAGAAGCUAAAAAAUCAAGUUCAAUAUCUUCUAAGCUUUUAAUUGAACUACAAACAUUACAAGAAGAAGUUCCCUUGAAGAAGUUAUUGCUUAUCUUUAUCAGUUAUUGCAAGUGUUCGGAUAAUUUUUAUUCAGUGCUUGGUUUUAUUGAUAUCAAUCAUGAAACUAUACUAAUUUUAUUAGAAUGUUUUAGUUUGUAUAUUGUUUUAGUGCUCCAAUUUCCGUAAUAAAAUUAAUCAAAUUUAUUUAGUGCCGUCGCUGCAUCACACACCGACGCCGGUCCCAAGCCCGGACAAAGAAGGAGGGUUGUAGGGUGAGGCCAGCGACCUACCCUACGUAAAACAUCAGUGCUCAUAGAACCAGACAAGGGCCUCGGUUACGGACAGAUCAACGACGACAACCCAAGCAAAGUACACGGACAAAGAGAAGAUUACAAAAACAUAACCUUAAAAUCGCCACAUGGAACAUAAAAUCGCUCAACAGAAGAGACCAAGAAAUGGAGCAAGAAUUAAGAAACCACCACAUUGAUAUCUGCGCACUUCAAGAAACUAAGAAAAAGGGAAAAGGUCAGGCAGUAGUUGGAGAUUAUCUACUAGCAUACAGCGGUGUAGAGAGGAACGAGCGAGCAAAAAAAGGAGUCGCAAUCAUGUUUCACAAAAAGUUAGUAGAUCACAUUAUAGACAUCACGUACGUUUCAGCCAGAAUAAUACACGCAAAACUGCUGCUAGACAGGAAACGCACCAACAUUAUAAGUAUUUACGCUCCAGAAAACUGCAGACCCCAAGACGUAAGAGAAGAAUUCUUUAACUCACUGCAACAUGUUUUAGACAGCCAUAAGAACGAAGCGACUAUCAUCCUAGGAGACUUUAACUCAAGGAUUGGCAACAGAAUCAUACCCGGAGUUAAGCAGAGAUUCAACGAGGAAACAGAAAACGAAAAUGGAACGCUGAUGACUAACCUAUGCACAAUCAACGAACUACGAAUAAAUAACACAUAUUACGAACACAAACAACAACACAAACACACGUAUUGUAACUCAAGGGGACACACAUCAACAAUCGACUUCAUUGUGACAAACCGAGUAAUUCCACCAACCAGCAUAUUAGAUGUAAGAAACUUAACCUCGGCAGACAUAGGAAGCGAUCAUGCCCUCGUGAUUGGGAAGCUGAGACUAAUAUCCCUCCAAAAGAAACAAGCAAAACAUGCGAAGAGCGCACAAAAAUAAAAACAGAAGGACUAGCUGACCAAACAACCAGAGAACUAUAUGCUAACAGACUGAAGGAGAAAGUUACAAACAACAACAUACAAGAAGGAGAUAACGUUGAUACGGCAUGGGAAAGGCUGAAAAGCAACAUACAACAGGCUGCCGAAGAAGCGCUAGGCAGGAAGAUCAUCAAGAAACCGAAUCCUUUUGCUAAGAGAACUCCAUGGUUCACCGAGGAAAUCAAAAUGAAA